ACCUGAGAGCAGGUGAACCAGUGACUGUCACUUCAUCUCUGACAGAAGGCGACGAUGCAGCACCGAGGCCUGAUUCACCUGAGCCACGUUUCACUGUGGCUGCUCUUCGCGCAAACCUCUGCGGACCUGCCGCUGUGCAAAGAGUCCGACUAUCACUUUGAGUACACGGAGUGUGACGUACUUGGCUCACGAUGGAGAGUGGCCGUUCCCAACAAAGCCAACGCGUGCACAGGUUUACCAGAUCCAGUCAAAGGCACUCAGUGCACCUUCUCCUGUAGUGAAGGGGAGUUUCUUGAUAUGCAGUCACAGGAGUGCCAGAAGUGUGCUGCAGGCACUUACUCACUGGGCACGGGCGUGGCCUUUGAUGUGUGGGACAGCCUACCAACAGGGUUUAUCACAUAUGGAGUGUCAUCAAACAAUGAGGAUAGCCACAUCAACUGCUAUAACUCAACCUGGACACCGAAGGGUGACUAUGUAGCCUCAAACACAGAUGAGUGUAGUUCUGUGCUGUCCUACGCUGUGAGUCUGAAGAAACCUGGAAUUGUGACCUACGAGUAUUUCUACCCAGACACCAACAUCUACUUUGAAUUCUUUAUCCAGAAUGACCAGUGUCAGUCUACAGAAUCUGAAAGUCGGUGGAUGAAGACCUCAGAGGACAAAUGGAGCAAGUACCAGGUUGAGCUGAAAAAGGGCAACAAUGUGUUGUACUGGAGAACCACUGCCUACUCUGUACUGGGUGAUGCUGUCAAACCAGUGCUGUUAAGAGACAUCAGCAUCUCAGGUGUGGCCUACACAUCUGAGUGUUUCCAUUGUAAACCUGGCACCCACAGUGCAAAACCAGGAUCUGCCCGCUGUGCCACCUGCCCUGCUAAUACCUACUCCACUAAGGGGGCCACUGUUUGCCAUCAGUGUGAACAAGACCAAUAUGCAGAGGCUGGGUCAGGGAUCUGCAAACCCAGACCAGCGUGCACAAACAGUGAUUACUUCUACACUCACACUCCUUGUGACUCUGAGGGAAAGACGCAGCUUAUGUACAAGUGGAUUGAGCCAAAGAUCUGCAAUGAGACCACUGAAGGAUCAGUGAUGCUUCCUGCAUCAGGGGAGAAGCAAACUUGUCCACCAUGUAACCCGGGUUUCUUUGUCACCAACUCCUCCACGUGUGAGCCUUGCAGCAGCGGCCUCUACUCUAAUGGAACAGCCUGUGAUGAAUGCCCUGUCGGCACGGAGCCAGUGCUUGGCCUCGAGUACAAAUGGUGGAACACGAUGCCGAGCAACAUGAAGAGCUUCAUCCUCAGACAGCGGUUCAGUGACUACGACCACAACACGGCUUGGGAGGUGGCUGGAGAUUAUGUUUACACCACCCCUGGGGACGAGGACACGGAUCUUCUUAUGCUUACGCUCAGUGUCCCUGGAUACAGGCUGCCUGAGUCACUGGCUAAAGACAGCGAACGGGGUGAACUGUCUCAAAUCACGUUUGUCUUUGAAACUGUGUGUACAGCCGACUGCAGACUGUACUUCCAAGCCGGUAAUAACCUGUGGAAUAAAAACGUGGUGGAGCAGUGGAAAGGCAGCAACAGCAAACAGUCGUACACUUACCUGGUCCAGAGCAACAGCACUGUCAGCUUCAGGUGGUCAUUUCAACGGACAGAGACUUUUCUCACGGAGAGGAAAUACAGUGGUGACAUUGCAAAGAUCUACUCCAUCCACCUCACCAAUGUGAUCGGAGGUGUAGCCUCGCAGUGCCGCCACUGUGCUCUGAGCACCGACAACACCGACUCUGCCUGCGUUCCCUGUCCACCGGGACACUACAUGGUCAACGGCACGGGACAGUGUAUGAGAUGCUCGCAAAACUCCUACAUCAGGGCGGAGCAGCCGGUCGGAGAGGCUGCGUGUAUUCAGUGUGGCCCAAACACCGAGAGAAACGAGGCUUAUUCAGCUUGUCUCAGCGACUGUACGCUGGGCGUGCAGAUGAGAGGACAGCCACUGCUGCACUAUGACUUCUCUCCUCUGGCAAACGUCACCGGCUUCAACAGCGGCUCCCGUUUCACCAACAAAGGCCUAAAAUAUUUCCAGCACUUUAAUGUGACUCUGUGUGGGAAAGAGGGUCGUUUGCCAGCUACCUGCGUGGAAAAUGUAACAGAUAGUGCGACGAUGGUCAAAGGUUACGUCUGCCAAUCCACCAUUGUGCCCUCUGAAAUCAGGAGUCAGAGUGUGGUGUCCUCCCAGCCUUUCGUCAUCGGAGACUCGCUCAUCGGUGUGACCACUGACACAGCGCUGAGUGGCAUUUCUUCCCCACAGUGGUUGUUUCCAUCCGAGUCCAGCCUGCCUGAUGUCAUAUUCUAUUACAAGUCCAGUAAGGUGACUCAGGCCUGUAAACAAGGCAGGUCAGCCACCAUCAGACUGAGGUGUGAGCCCACAGUGACUGCUAAAGACCACAUCACACUGCCAAGUAACUGCUCAGAGGGGACGUGUGAUGGUUGUGUUUUCCACUUGCUGUGGCAGAGUCAGCAUGCUUGUCCACUUUGCACCAAAAACCACUACAGAGAAAUUGUCAGCGCUUGUCUCCAGGGAAUACAGAAAACCACAUAUGUGUGGCAGCAGCCGUUGCAGUGUUUUGGAGGAGAAUCUUUACCAGCACAAAAAGUCAAUGCCUGUGUGAGUCUGGAUUUCUGGCUCAAGUUUGGUGUGACUACAGGAAUCAUCGCCGCUCUGCUACUCAUCAGUGUGAGCUGUUAUUUCUGGAAGAAGACACGCAAGUUGCAGUAUAAAUACUCCAAGCUGGUGAUGACCUCUGGGGGUAAAGAAUGUGAGCUGCCCACUGCAGACAGCUGUGCAAUCAUGGAGGGAGAGGACGCAGAGGACGACCUCAUGGACCUCACCAAGAAAUCCUUUUUCACCAAAAUGAAAUCGUUUUCACGAGAGAGAUCAUCGGAUGGAUUUGACUCCGUUCCCCUGAAGUCAUCUUCACGCUUCCAAAGAGAAGACUCAGACUCGGAUGAUUCUUAAAUCAGAGAAUAAGCACAUCUUUCUACUUAAAUGCCGAGAUGGUUUGACAUUAAUGGAGCUCCAAAUUAUGUUUUUAUGGAGUUCUCCCGUACAAAACAGAAAUGGGCUGUGAAUGCAUUUAUUUAUUACAAAAGAUACAGGCUUAUUGUGCAUGUAUGUAAAGAUUUGGCAGUUUUAUUUAGUAUUAUUUGUUAUAUGGUAGGUUUCCAAACUUAAUACUGAAAUAAGAAAGUCUCCAUAUUGGGGAUAUUCUGUCUUUUAAAAACCUAUGGCAUAUUUCAAAAUAAUAAUCUAAGAUCCUGACUGUGGAUUUUACACACAACUGUAACUUUUUUUUCUCUUAGUCGUUCUUUGUCUUUAUUUUUUAUUAGAAUGACCAUAUACCAGUCUUAAGUUGUCAAUUUUAUUUACUAUGUCUUUUGUUAACAUUUUCUACUGCAUCUAAAUUAAGGAUAUCAUUUUUUUUCCCCACCUUGAAGUAAAAAAAAGAAUUCUCUACUAACAAAUGUGCAUCUCUAGGAAUAAGGAUUGUCCUGUAAUGCUGCCUUCAGGUGCUCCUUUUGAACUCACAGAGCAGAGCACAGAAACAUCGUAUCACUAAACCUCUGUGUAAUUCUUUUAUGCCACAUUUUUAUGCCACAUGUUUUAAAAUGAUUCUUUAUCAAAA